AUGGUUUGCAACAAUUUUCUGUUUAUGAAUAAACUUUUUUUAUUUCUGAACAAUAACGAAUAAACGGUUUUACAUCAAGGAGAAUAAUUAGAAUUAAAAAAGAAAGAACCUUGAGAGAUAAUAAAUAAGUGAUUGGCGGCAUGCGAUAAUUAAAUCAUGCCAAUUUAGAAUUUAAUAAACAUUAAACCAUUACAUAUUAAGAGGCGUUCAAAGUGCAAUUAUUAAUUUAUUAUAAAAUAUAAACUACUACAGUAAAGUGAGUGUUUUAGACCAGUGUUGAACAAAAUGAGCCUACAAACUAUAGGGCACUUAGUCAUUGCUGCUCAUUUUUGGUAUGGAUGUUAUUAUGACUGGUUUUAUGUUAAUAUUCCAAAGGAAAUUCAUGAUUCUGGAGAUUCUUCAUUUAAUACCAAGAAAUUAAAGUUCUUGACUUAUUGGGAUGCUAUUCUUCAGUCUAUAUUUUUCACAAUAUGCUUCCUUAAUGAUAUCAUUGGAAGUAAUGAGAGUACCCCUAAAAAGGCACCCUUAAUCAGAAAAGUUAAAGACAUUGUUUUUUCAUCUUUAGCCUUCCCCUUAUCAAUGUUUGUUGGAUUGUCAUUUUGGGGGCUUUAUCUUAUAGAUAGAGAACUGAUUUUUCCAACAAUUUUAGACAAGUAUUUCCCAUCCUGGCUCAACCAUCUGAUGCAUACAAACAUAAUGAUAUUUUCCCUUCUUGAAAUGUUGGUUUCCUAUAGAAAAUAUCCCUCAAGAAAGAUUGGUUUAACUAUAACCGUUUCAUUUAUGUUGGUUUAUUUGGGAUGGAUUCAUUACAUUAAUUCAAGAACAAAUAAAUGGGUAUAUCCUAUUUUAAAUGUACUACCUCUUCCUGCUAGGAUAUGUUUUUUUAUACUUAACUUUGUAGUUAUUGUUUUUUGUUAUAUUUUGGGAGAGAAAAUUAACUUAACAUGGUGGGAAAGAAAGAAUAAGAAAGUUACUAAUAAAAAGUUUAGCUAACUUUAUAAUUCCUAGAUCAAUUAUGACAUGACAUUAUUGCAAAUUUAUUUAUUCUAUUUAUUGUUGACAACCUAAAUUGUACUGUAGCAAUAGAGUUUUUGGCCUAAGCACUUGCCUUAAAUUUUAUAUUAUGUAAUAGUCGUAAAAUAGACCACAAGCAGUAUAUUUAUAAUACCUAUAAUUGAUUAGAUGAUUCCAAGAAUUAUUGUGGUUUUAGUUUUUAGAAAAUUUUAUAUGUUGAUAUUUGAGGUAUAUAUAAAGUUAUUUUUUAAUUUUCAAAUAAAUAUUUUAUUUAAAAAAGA